AAUGUCAGUGCGUCUUAUGGAGCGAAUGUAAAGUGGCCGGUCCGGUAUUUCUGCCGCCACCAUGUCAGAAUUUCGAGCCGGCCACUUAGCUCUUCUCUCCUGCAGGACCUUACCUGUUCCUCGCUCCAGCGCUGCAGGCUUCCCGCGGCGGCUUCUGUGACAGCUGGCGCAGCGCUACUCCUGUACUGUGUCCGCAGUCUGUGGUCAUCUCCUGUCCUAUGUCCGCAGUCUCUGGUCAUCUCCUGUACUGUGUCCGCAGUCUCUGGUCAUCUCCUGUACUGUGUCCGCAGUCUCUGGUCAUCUGUCCUAUGUCCGCAGUCUCUGGUCAUCUCCUGUACUAAGUCCACAGUCUCUGGUCAUCUCCUGUACUGUGUCCGCAGUCUCUGGUCAUCUCCUGUACGGUGUCCGCAGUCUCUGGUCAUCUCCUGUACUAAGUCCGCAGUCUCUGGUCAUCUCCUGUACUAAGUCCGCAGUCUCUGGUCAUCUCCUG